AUGGGUGAAGAAGGAGCUGCCGCCUCGUCGCCGUACGCGCUUAUCACUGAGGAAGGGGAGAAUAGAGAGAGUGCGAUCGGCUACACUGGCAAGGCGACAGCAAAGUAUUCUAACGGUGAUGUUUAUGAAGGCUAUUUCGAUGACGGCAAGAAGGCUGGUGAUGGUGUUUACACUCAUGGAAAUGGCGACGUUUACGAGGGGAGUUACAAGGAGGGGAAACGGCAUGGUGUGGGGAGGUAUACGAUGGGGGACGCCGGCGGCGGUUACUACCACGGGUCUUUCGCGAAAGGCUUGUAUGAUGGCAAGGGGACGAUGAUGUACUCGGCGAGCGGUGAUGUUUAUAGUGGCGAGUGGAAGGAAGGGCUUCGACAUGGUCUUGGCACCUACGUCUACCGGAAAGGACAGGCAUCGGUGAGUGGAAGGUGGGAAGACGAUAGACUCGUUGAAGGGGAGUGGAGGCUAUCACCCGAUCACAACAGUCCGGUCUAUGAAGGGAAAUUUGAUCCUAAGUGGGUUACCGCAGCAUCCACAUCUAUACGGGUCGACUCUGUAAGGUUCGGUCAGCCCAUAGGGGAUGGGGUAUGGAAGCUGCCCUGUGGACAGGAGAUCGCUGGAAGGUACAUCCAAAGCCACACGCCAUCGGAUAUCACAGAUGAGGUCAUCACUACCAUACAGUGGGCAUCAUCGAAUGCUGCAUGA